UGUCUGUGCCACAGCCAUGGCAUGUGUUUGACUGCUGAUUUUAACACUUGAAGACGUCAGUAAAGGCGGUCCUUUGUGCAUACCGGAGCAGAGGGUUCAUAUCCUGCUCCAUUAGUGGGGGAAACUCUUGUUUGCGCCUCAUUCUCUUCUGGAAAACCCUGUGAGGACAUCUGUGGGCUCAGCAGCAUGGAGGGGUCCAAAGGAGAGGGGAGCCAAGCGGAGCAAGCGGCGUCUUUAUUUGGGACGUCCGAGCUGGAGAGCCAGAGGAUCAGCGCUCAGCAGAGGAGGAAGGGGGGUCACCUCUGUAAAAUCAUAACUGGGCUACUCCUGCUGUGCCUACUGAUCGUCAUUCUGGCUGUGGUGAUUUUUGUAAAAAACGACGAAAGGAGCAUAGAAUCUGGGAGACUCUGGGAGACAGAGGCAAAGGAGGUUCAAGAGCCUCAGUGCCCACCUGGUUUUUCCAGACCUCCUCUCCUCCUUGUGUCCUUGGAUGGUUUCCGAGCAGAGUAUUUUAAAGACCCCAAAAGCCAGACACCGAUCAUUAACAAGCUGCGAAAAGAUGGAACAACAACACCUUACCUCAGGCCUGUUUAUCCUACAAAGACUUUUCCAAACCACUAUACCAUAGUGACUGGUCUUUAUCCAGAGUCUCAUGGCAUUGUAGACAACAAGAUGUACGAUGUGACCCGGAAUGCUUCAUUUAGCUUAAAGUCUCCUGAGAAAUUUAAUGCAGAGUGGUACCAGGGGGAACCGGUGUGGAUCACCGCCAUGCAGCAAAAACUAAAAACAGCCACUUUUUUCUGGCCAGGUUCAGAUGUAGAAAUUAAUGGCUCCUUCCCAAAUUUCUACAAGAAAUAUGAUAAGAGCAUCACAUUUGAGACGAGAUUGGAAACGCUGUUUGAUUGGCUCAGUUUGCCCGAGAAGGAAAGACCUGACUUUUAUACUUUGUACUUGGAAGAACCAGACAGUACAGGACAUAGAUAUGGCCCACAAAGUCAGGAGAUUUUGAAAGCCUUGGAGAGGGUUGACAAGAUAAUGGGCGACCUCAUGAAUGGACUUUUUACAAGAAAUCUUCACCAGUGUAUAAACAUAAUAAUUGUAUCCGACCACGGAAUGGAAGAGGCUUCAUGUGAAAGAGCAUCUUUUGUGUCAGAUUAUCAGAAAGGCACAUCUGACUUCAUAGUCAUUCAAGGCGCAGCAGCUCGCAUCAGACCAAAGCGCCUUCCAGAGGAUUACUUCUCCUUUGACUAUGAAGGCCUGAUAAAGAACCUGUCGUGCAGGGUUAAUGACCAGCCAAUGAGGCCGUACCUCAAAGAAAACCUCCCCAAAAGGAUGCACUUUGCCAACAACAAGCGCAUUGAGAGGGGCCAUCUGUAUAUGAAGCAGGGCUGGCAGGCAGCACUUACUAAAACAGAAGUCAAAUAUUGCAGUGGUGGUUUCCAUGGCUCAGACAAUCUCUUCACAAACAUGCAGGGGAUCUUCAUUGGUUAUGGUCCAGGAUUUAAAACGAAUACAAUUGUUCCCCCGUUUGAAAACAUUGAAGUAUAUAACCUCAUGUGCGACCUUCUAGGUAUCCGUCCAUCUCCUAACAAUGGGACCCAUGGCAGCCUGAAUCAUCUCCUGAAGCAUCCGUUCUAUAAGCCCGUUUACCCCGCGCAGCUCUCCCAUGAAACCCCCUGUGACAGCUCCAACCCGGUUUCCACAGACGACCUGCAGUGCCUCUGUUCAUCUCAGACCACUAAAACACAGACAGUUUUAAAUGGACGACUUUUAACAAUAAACUCAGACACCAAGAGUAACUUGCGCCGCCUUCACCAGCCUUUCGGAACCCCUGUGGUCACUCAGGCAGACACAAGUUUUUGUCUACUGUACCAGGAUGAUUACAUCAGUGGAUACAGCAGAGACCGCCUCAUGCCGCUCUGGGUGUCGUUCACCAUCCAGCCUCUGCCCAGUGUGUGGUACCCAAGCCAAGAGGGGUGUGUUGGAGCAGACCCACGCAUCCCGUCUUCAUCUGGUCAGCUGUGUCUCCUCUACAGCGAUGAGGCCAAAUUAUCGUAUGGCCUGCUGCACCCCCCAUAUCUGAAUGCCACUGGUCCAGAGACGGACUCUCUUAUCAGCAGCAACAUGGCGCCAAUGUUCCCUGCAUUCAAAGAGGUUUGGAACCGUUUCCACACUUCUGUGCUUUUUAGUUAUUUGCAACAGCUGAAUGGGGUCAACAUUAUCAGUGGGCCGAUAUUUGAUGUAGACUUUGAUGGAAAUGCUGAUCCAGUCAAGAAAAGCACAGGGAACCAAACUGAUGUCCCGACGCAUUUCUUCUUGAUCAUGACCAGCUGCCGCAACUCCAGCUUGACUCCUAUUAACUGCGAGGGUCCACUUCAGGCCAUUUCCUUCAUUAUGCCCCACAUAUCUGACUACACAGAGUUCUGUGCUGAGCGGUCUGAAUUUGCGUGGAUAGAGGAGUGGCUGAGAUUUCACACCGCAAGAGUUCGAGACAUUGAGCUCCUAACAGGGAUCAGCUUCUACCAUGACAGGAUAUCAGUGGAAGAGACGAUGCAGCUUAAAACGUUUCUACACACUGCAACACCCAGAGACUAAUUUUAAAAAAGCUUGGCUUUCCAACGAAGGCAAGAUAUGUCUAAAGCCAGUCCAAUUUUUAGAUGCACCGAAGCAGCAGGUUCUUUAGCUGCUUUAUUGAGAAAGUUUCCUAUUUCAGACCAAAGGCUUCUAACUUAAAUUACCUUCCAUUUUUAGCCGUAUUUUUUAAGACCAAUGUUUCUGGACUCUUUUGGCAUUAAUCUUUGCUGUAGUUUUCAACUUUGAGAAAAAUCUUCCUGGUGCUUUCUCUGACUUUUAAGCCAAAAUGCUAUAAAAUGAAAAAUGUUACCUCUUGAAGAUGAGCUUUUUGGGAAAUAGUAGGAAUGCCAUCUCCUUAUGUAUAAAAUGAAUAAGUAGCAUAUGUUUGUCAAAGGAAUCAUGCCAUAUUAAGAGGACUUUCCAUCCAAAUUUUGUUGCUGAGUUAUCUUGUCUGUUUUUUAUAAUGUUUUGGAUCAGUACAGUUUUUAGUAUUUUGUGAAUUUUUGGAAAAUAGAAAUUUCGUGUAUGUUGGUAAAAAUGUGCAGUAUUAAUGUUUGGAAUAUUAACCUUGUCUUAAACAGAUGCUUUACUUCCUC